ACACACACACACACACACACACACACACACACACACACACACAGCACUCUGUUGUCUCGCCCUCUGGCUUUGGUCUCUGUGUGUAAUUGCAUUACUGUGUAACCAUGUCGGAGUUGGAGAACUGCCUGAACUCCAUCAUUCACAUCUUCCACAAAUACUCGGAGAAAGAAGGAGACAAAAACACGCUGAAGAAAAGCGAACUGAAGGAACUGCUUACACACGAACUGCCUUCAUUGACACAGCAUAUAAAGGACCAGUCCUCGUUCGACUCUUUGAUGGAGGGUCUCGACACCGACGGGGACGCAGAGUGUGACUUCCAAGAGUUCAUGACCUUCAUCACCAUGGUGACCAUCUGCUGCCACGAGUUCUUCGAGCACCACGAUGAUGAAUGAGCUGGAGAGGAGAGAAGCCAGAGCUGGAAAUAAGAAUGUAUUGUGUAUAACCCGACUUAUUAUUAUGAUGAUGAUGGGAUGAUGAAGAUGAUGAUGAGCUCACUGUUCCUACUUUUAACUCCAUUAAACUGUUUUUUUUUUUUUUCUGAGGACCUUCAGCUGUUUCUAACUAGGUCUUAGUUGGUUUAACUGGUUUGCACUGUUUUGGAAAAAGUUUUGACUGGUUUUAAGUCGGUCUAAAUUUAUUUGACUGGUAAGGACUGGGUUUAACUAUUUGUACUGGUUCUAACUGGUUCUGAUCUAGUUUUGAUUGGGUUUUUGUCUGAAUGGAACUGGUGUUGACUGUUUUGGAUCUGGACUGGUGCUGAUCUGGUUUAUACCAGGCUUUGACUAGUUCUGACUGGUUCUGAUGUGAUUUUGACUGGUUCUGAUUGAUUAUCCUGACUUUGUUUGAUAGAGGAACCAGUUGUGACAGGUUUCUACUGACUCCUGUGGGUGACUUGUUUUCUUUAUUUUGUACAGACUGGAUUUGACUGGUUUCGACUGGUUUUGAAGGCUUUAUCCUGAUAUGUUUUUUUCUAACGCUAACCAUACCAGCUAACCUAGAUUUAUUGUUAAAGAUGAACAUAGUGCAGGAACCCACAGUCCCUUUUUCCUUAAAACAAUUGAAUCAUAUUUGAUUGGUGGGAGUCUGGAUUUCUUUUCACUGGCGAACAUUUGACUAAUCACAGCAUCAUUACUUCAUCUCGAUCCAGUUCAACCAAAACCGUGUGGAACAAUGUUCACAAUUCACAUGGUUGCUGAGAUUUGCAGCUAACUUGCUAAGCCCCUGCAACACCAAAUCCCCCUGCAUUCCUGUGCGUUCUAAUGAAACCUGUAACUGAUAAUAAAAUGACUGAAUAAUA